AUGAAUCAAGAUCUAAGCGCAAUUGAGAAAAAUCAAGAUUUAGAAAAUGAUAAUAAAAUUCGUGAAUUUUGGAUGAAGAAUAUUUGCGAUCACGAUAAACUCGCAAAAAAAACUAAAGAAACUUAUGAUUUCAUUAUCGUGGGUGCUGGUACUGCAGGAUGUGUGCUUGCUAGAGAAUUGAUUCAUUGUAUUCCAAAUAUUAACAUCCUAGUAUUGGAAGCUGGAGGCCCUGAUACUCAUUCUAAUGGUAUAAUUAACUUGCCUUGUGCUUCCUUAAAGGCUUUACGAAUAAGCGAUAUUGACUGGGGAUAUGUUACUCAAGAACAAAGAAUGCCAAGCUCUGUAGACCCUAUCAAAGAAAUCUUAAAAAAGGAAUCUUCUUAUUUACGUGGAAAGGUUUGGGGAGGAAGUAGUUCUUUGCAUGCAAUGGUUUAUUUGCGGGGUCAGGCAAAAGGGUACAAUGAUUGGGCAGCUCAAGGCCCUGAAUAUAAAAUUUGGGAUUGGGAUCAUUGUUUAGAAGCAUUUAAAGCAGUAGAAAAAAAUUCACGAAAGAACCCUGAUGAAAAUUUUAAAAAAUUCCAUGGAUUCAAUGGUUUACUUCAUGUACAAAACCACCAAAAUGGGAUAUAUGAUAUUAUGUCGGGUGUGAUUGAUGCAGCAAAAAACCUCGGAAUUCCCUAUAACGACGAUUUUAAUGGCGAAAGACAAAAUGGUGUUGGAAUGUUCCAGUUCACAAUCAAGGAUGGAAAAAGAUGUUCUUUGGCUGAUAGUUAUCUAAAAGAUGCAUUAAAAAAAGUUGAAUUACACCCAGAUUCGAAAUAUGAUAGUUUCGGAAAGGUUGUAGCAGUAGAUGUUAGAUCAUUUGCUCAUGUACUAGAUAUUAUUUGGGAUGAAGAGAAUAAAGAAGAAAAUAUUGCAAUCGGCGUAAGAUAUUUUUGUAACGGUACCGUACGUCAGGCUUUCACUCAGAAAGGAGAAGUCAUACUUUGUGGUGGUGCUAUUAAUAGUCCUCAAAUCUUAAUGCUUUCUGGCAUUGGACCAAAAGAAAAUCUUGAAUCAAAUAAUAUAAAAGUUCGUAAGGAACUACCAGUUGGAAAAAAUUUAUUAGAUCAUCCGAGUUUUUGUCUCGUUGCUAAAUCGUCCCCAAAUGCAUUCAAUUAUUGGAGUGGUGGAUGUGAAAUUGGAAUAAUACAUAAAGCUAAUGUUGAAGGGAAGAUUCCUUGUAAAGAUGACUUCUUUGAUGAGAAUCCUGACAUUCAGAUUAUUGCGACUACGUACCAAGAUGGUUUUUUAGAUCCUUCAAUAGAACUUUAUAAAAAACAUAACAAAUUCGAUGGAAUUAUUCUAAUACCAAUUCUUAACAAUCCAUCAAGCGUUGGUUAUCUAGAACUUAACAGCAAUAAUCCAUUUGAUCAACCAAAGAUAUAUUUAAACUUCUUUGAAAAAUCAGAUGAUUUAUAUAGAAUGAUUAGUUCACUUAAAUUAUGUCGUGAAAUACUUAAACAACCUCCACUAAGUACUGUUUAUAACGUUAAAGAAAUUGGUGUCAAUGAUGAAUUUGGACAAUGGUGCACUAACGGGGAUGAUAUGAGUGAUGAAGGUUGGGAAAGAUUUAUUGUGAAUAAGUCAACAUCGUUCCAUAUAUGUGGAACAGCAAAAAUGGCACCAGAAUCCAAAGGUGGAGUUGUUAAUCAUCGACUUCAAGUUUAUGGUACGAAAAACCUUCGUGUUGUUGAUGCUUCGAUAUUUCCAUAUAUUCCAAGCGGAAAUACGAAUGCGCCUACAGCCAUGGUUGCUUGGAGAGCGAGUCGGUUAAUUAUUGAGGAUUAUAUGAAAACAUGCGCCAAUUUUUUAGCUGCAAU